GUCUCAUUUCUCUCUUUUUCACUCUUUAACGUAUGUAUAGUUUCCGAUCGGAAAAAAAAUGAGAGAAACGAGUGUGUUGAUUGUCGGAGCAGGGCCAUCAGGGCUUGCUACCGCAACUUGUUUAACGAAACUUUCAAUUCCGUAUAUUUUACUCGAAAGAGAAGAUUGUUUUGCUUCAUUAUGGAAGAAGAAGACGUACGAUCGUCUUCACCUUCAUUUACCCAAACAAUUUUCUGAGCUUCCUCACAUGAAAAUACCUUCAAAUUGUCCAAAAUAUAUCUCAAAAAAUGAUUUUAUUGAGUAUUUGGAUAAUUACGUGGUUCAUUUUGGUAUCAAACCUUUGUACCGACGACUCGUCAUUAGUGCUAACUUUGAUGAAAAAGUAAAUAAAUGGAGAGUCAUUACUCAGAAAGUCAAAGUCAAAGAAGACAAAGAAGUCAAAGAAGAAAAUGAUGAAGAAGAGAUUGAAUUUGUGGGGAGGUUUUUGGUGGUUGCAAGUGGAGAAACAAGUGAUGUGUAUUGUCCAGAAAUAGAAGGGUUGAGUAGCUAUAAAGGGAAAGUAUUGCAUUCAACAGAAUACAAAAGUGGUGUUGGGUAUGAAAAUAAAAGUGUAUUGGUGGUUGGAGCUGGUAAUUCUGCCUUUGAGAUUGCUCUUGAUCUUGCUAAUCAUUCUGCUCAUACCUCCAUUGUUGUUAGAAACCCGGUUCACAUAUUGUCAAGAGGAAUGGUGCACAUUGCACUCUUCCUUCUCAAGUAUUUGCGAUUAAAGACGGUGGAUAAAUUGUUGAUCACACUUAGCAAAAUUGUUUAUGGAGACUUGACGAAAUAUGGAAUGAGAAGGCCCAUUGAAGGUCCCUACUACUUGAAAGAAUCUUUUGGUAAAUACCCUAUUAUUGAUGUUGGCACCUUUUCUAAGAUUAAAACCGGCGAAAUCGAGAUAUUACCGGUGGCUAUCACAAGUAUCAAAGGAAAUGAAGUGUUGUUUAAAGAUGGCAAAAGUUAUGCUUUCGACGUUAUUAUAUUUGCCACUGGCUUUCGAAGGUCUACUUUUAAGUGGCUUAAGGGAGAUGAAUAUUUAUUGAAUGAAGAUGGAAUACCAAAGCCUGACUUCCCAAACCACUGGAAGGGUAAAAAUGGAUUGUAUUGUGUUGGCCUUGCAAGAAGAGGACUUUAUGGAGCUGCCAUGGAUGCACAAAAUAUCUCCAAUGAUAUCAAAUUAAAUCUUUGAAUAUUAGGCUAUCAAAAAAAUCCCAAUUAUAUGGAUUGAAAUUUUAAUAAAAUGUUCCUUUGGCUUUAAUUAUAUUUUUAUAAACAUCAAAAUUUUUGUUUCAUAGAUGUUGUGUUAAUUUAUCCUGAGGAUAUAUAUAAUAACAUUGCUAGAAUUUAUUUCCAUAUUUUAUUAUAUUUGGA